UUUUUGCUUCUCGAGUUAAAACGGUUGAAAAUUGUUAACUCCCAAACAGUCAGUUCUUAGAUCAAGACUACGUUAGAAAGUUCGAAACAAAUUUAAUCCGUUUCAAGUGAUUAUGACUUAAGAAGAAAAGAAUCAUGGGAACAUUGAUUAAAAGUGUGAUUGUUGCCAUCGUUUUGACGACGGCAACUAUUUCUGGAGCACCGAUUGACGAUGGUCCUCCAGAAAUUGUAUUUGCUAGCGAAUUGGAAGAGGCCGGUCAUUUCGAAGGGGACAUUCUACUGCUGGAUCCGCAGCGAGACAUCAUCCAGGAGGGACGCAACUCACUGAUCGGGGCCAAAUACAAAUGGCCGGGCAACAUAUUGUACUACUACAUCGAGCCGGCAGAUUUUACUGCAGUACAGCAAAACUCUAUUAAGGCUGCCCUGGACCUGAUAUCGUUGUCGAGCUGCAUCACGUUUGUACCUCGGACCACCCAGGCUGCCUAUGUUCAGGUCACCGGAGAGUACACCGGAUGUUGGUCCUAUCUGGGACGCGUCGGAAAUGCUCAACAGUUGAACCUGCAGCCCAAUGGGUGCCUCAGUCGGGGAACGAUCAUGCACGAGUUUUUGCACGCGCUUGGAUUUGUGCACAUGCAGAGCUCCUCGGAUAGGGACUUUUUCGUCCAGAUCGAUUGGUCCAAGGUUAGCAAGGGCUCGGAGCAUAACUUCGACCGGUACAGCUCGGCCAUCCUGAACGAUUUCGGCAUUGCGUACGACUACGACAGCGUGAUGCACUACAGCAGGUCGGCAUUCUCGAUCGAUGGCAAGCCGACGAUCAUUCCGGUGGUUAAGGAUGCGAUCAUUGGGCAACGGGUCGGAAUGAGCGUCAAGGACAUCAAACGUCUGAACGAGAUGUAUUGCAACUCAUGAGAAGAUCUUGUUUCGUUUCCCUAAAAACAUAAAAAAGUUAGUAUUAAAAUGAGCUGUUUUGAUAAGGUAAACAAUAGAAAAUGUAGAUAAAUUCUAUAUUAUUGAGGAAUAAUAAUAAAUGCAAUAAACUCAUAGUUUAUUUCUGGGAUGGUUCAGGUGUUUUGAAAAAAAUUGUUUUAUCUUCAAAAGUCAAUAAAAGUGAAUCGUUUGAUUUUAAAUUUUAAA